UGGUGGGUCGGAACAAAGGGCUGCUAUAAGUAUGAGUGAUGAGCGAGGGUGAAGUUUCAGUCUGAAGCUAAAGACAGGAUGACUGUGACUGUGACUGUGACUGCUCUUCUCACCACAGCUCAGCUGCUGCUGCUGGUCACAGGGACUCUCUCCGAUGGAAGUUCCUGUGGACUACGCAGCUCAGGUCUGGAGCAGGGCUCAAACAUCACACUGACCGUGAUUAACAACAUGCCAAACACCAACCAGAUCAACCUGACCUACUCCGCCCGCACUGCAUUCAGGGGGAGCCUGCUGGGAGCCAUGAGGGGGCUGCAGGAGGCAGAUUGUUCUUUCACGUUUACGACCACAGAAAACAUCAACUAUGGCCCAUACCUAGAGAGUGUGAAUGGGGUGGUAGGAAAGACGUGCGACCGCACCUACUGGGAGCUGCUGAGUCAGCAUGCGAACGGCACCAUAAUCAGCCUUGAUGUGGGUAUUGGCUGCUACAUCCCCAAUCCCAAUGAGCGCAUCAUCCUGAAAUUCACCAAAUGGUGAAUCUGUGCAGUCACAGACAAGAGCAAAGCAAUAUUCACACUGGGCCAUUUUAUGACUUUGUGAAUGGCCCAGUAUUUGAUGAAAACAUGAAUAAAUUUAAUAAAAUGGAAUGAAAAACA